UUGCUUUGUCAGCGGUGUCCCCGCAGCACACAUCUCAUGCUCCUCACCUGCUGCUGAUCAAACCUUGGACUGUUAUCUCACACAGAUUAUCUCACCGUCAGGCUUCCUUAUCAGCUCUUUCCAGAUUUCUUUUUUGUGGCCAGCCCUCUUGCGGACCUUGAGCGAGGGCACGUCGGGUUCACAGUUUUUUUUUUUUUUUAGCUAACGGGGAAAGAUGACGUUAAAAUCCAAUAAAAACGAAGCCGCUGUCAUACUGGAGCCCGUGUGCAGCGUCCGGACAGCCCUCUCCGAUCUGUACCUGGAGCAGCUUCUCCAAAACAAACCAAAGUCUGACAAGGCCACCAUGCAAACCUAUGAGAAUAAAGGUGCUGAGGUUUACACCAAUGGCAGUGCCAAACACAUGAACGGCACAGAACUGACCAAGAUGAGAGAAGUAGCGUUUGAAAAGAAUCCUUCAGAGCCAAUGGGAGUCACUCUGAAGCUGAACGACAGACAGAGGUGCACAGUGGCCAGAAUAUUACACGGGGGAAUGAUCCACAGACAAGGGUCCUUACAUGAAGGGGAUGAAAUAGCAGAAAUCAAUGGUAAAAGUGUGACCAACCACACUGUGGAUCAGCUACAAAAGAUCCUGAAAGAAACAAAUGGAGUUGUUACGAUGAAGAUCAUUCCCAACCUGCAGAGUCGAUCCAGAGCCUGUGAGAUGUACAUGAGGGCCCAGUUUGACUAUGACCCCACCAAGGACGACCUCAUCCCGUGCAAAGAAGCCGGCCUGAAGUUUGAAACCGGUGACAUCAUUCAGAUCAUCAACAAGCAGGAUCCAAACUGGUGGCAGGGCCGAGUGGAGAGCAGCGUUGCUGACUUUGCUGGGCUGAUCCCCUCUCCAGAGCUGCAGGAAUGGAGGGUGGCGAGUAAAAGCAAGGCCAGAGAGGGCAGCCAGUCCUGCAGCCCGUUUGGAAAGAAGAAGAAGUGCAAAGACAAGUACCUGGCCAAACACAGCUCCAUUUUUGACCAACUGGAUGUGAUUUCUUACGAGGAGGUUGUUCAGCUCCCUGCCUUUAACAGGAAAACACUGGUGCUAAUUGGUGCACCUGGUGUUGGAAGGAGUCAUAUCAAAAAUGCACUAUUGACCAAAUACCCAGAGAAGUUUUCCUACCCUGUCCCACACACCACCAGACCACCGCGUAAGGAUGAGGAGAACGGACAGGAAUAUUAUUUUGUCUCCAAUGAGGACAUGACCAAGUGCAUCACUGGAAAUGAGCUGCUGGAGUACGGUAGCUUCCAGGGAAACAUGUUUGGAACCAAAAUGGAGACAAUCCAGAAGAUCCAUGAGCAGGGCAAAAUCGCUGUCCUGGAUGUAGAACCACAGACCUUGAAAGUGCUGCGGACUGCUGACUUUGCACCACUUGUCGUGUUUAUUGCUCCAACAAACACGGCUGCUCAGACGGAAAACCUCACCAUGAUCCAGAAAGAGUCAGACGCCAUCGCUGCCACGUACAGACACUUCUUCGACGUGGUUCUCGUCAACAACGAUGUUGAUGAGAGCGUGAAAGGGGUUGAGGAGGCCAUGGAGCUGGCCACCUCCACCCCACAGUGGGUGCCUGUGUCAUGGGUGUACUGACAGACGUCAGUGUGGCACCUUUUGUUGAAUGAAAAGCAGUGCAAUAUCACUCCUUACACAAAACAAGUUAGUGAUGUCCCAGGUGUGUGUGGGUUUACUUUUGGUCCUUGUUAAUUGUCACUGAGAGUUUUUGCACCAAUGAAUCCAAAAAAGCAAUAUUUGGAAAGGUUUAUUCAGGAAGUGGAGCACCUCACAGGGAUGUUUUAUUUGGAUGUUUAGAUGUUUAUGCUUCAGGUUUUUGAGUGGCUAAGGGAUAGUUUUGGUGCAGCACGUGUUUGUGAUUGUUGGAAUGUGAGCAAAUGCAAAAUAGGACCACAACUGUGAAUGAAAUCCUCACCGUGAAAUGUAAGGAUUUUAUCAUAAAAAGCAUUACUUCUGGAUUCAUCGUCCUUUUUUUUCUUUUCUUGCUAGAUUGUGCCAUGAAAUUGAAACUGUCUCUUCAUACAUUAUGUGUGACUACAUACAACAUUAACGUCGCCCACACAGAAUCUUUAUAGUCAGUCGCUGACAACCUCACGUCUCUCCUCAUCACACUGUAUACCUCAUGAGGUACUGUAAAGGCACUUUUAACAAAAAUAAAUUUCCCAACUCUG